AUGUAUCAUCAAUUGUCUUCUACCUCAAGAUUAGCCCAAUAUGAAUCAUUCACACAAUCAACACAAACCGAAAUAUUCAAUGUAAAUUCGAAAGAUGUGAUUACUACAAACCAGAAAUCACGAAUUCAACGAUGGAUAUUUGGAAUGAUGAUUGGUUCAGCACCAUUUUUUGCUGUUAUUAUGUGUUGGAUGUUUGUGUCAGUAUGUAUUAAUAAUUUAGUUAGAUAUUAUCAAAGGCGAAAAAGAAAACAUCGACAUGAUGCAAGAGCAAAUGGAAUUAAAAAUAUUGUAUCUAGGAUAAAUGUUUAA